CCAUUCACCGGCUCUUUCUGGGUAGUCGCUCGAGCUUCUCUUCCUCUCCUCUUCCCUUCCUUCCUCCCUCCGAAUGGGCUGCUGGCGGCGGGGGAGGGACCCCGGGGGCAGUUCACAGCGCGCUGGUGCACGGGAGGCGGAGGGAGAAAGAAGGAAGGGAGGCUGUGAGUGGAGGCGGUGCUCAGAAGGGAGCGAGGGAGGGAGGGAGGAAGGCGGAGGGAUAUUCGGGCCGGACCUCUCUGCGGCGGCGCCGCGCUCCACAGCGAUUGGCCGCCGUCUUGGCCACGCGGAAUCCCCAAUUGGCCAGGUGCUCAGCGUUGAAGGGCCGCCUCGCGCCCAUUCGCCUGCUGGUUUCAAGGCCCGGGUUGGCUGGGCGGGCAGCGGAAUGGAGCGUACGGAUAGGCCGAGGGGAGGGAGAUUGAGGUGGGGCAGGAGAGAGCCGGCCGCUGAUUGGGUGGGCCUGGUAAAGGCCUUGAGCUCAGACCGGCUGAGCGCUGGGAGGAGGGUGGACCGAAGGUACGACUCGGAUCCCGCGCGAUUGGCUGGGAUACUAGGCGUUGAUAGGAUAGGGUGCCCGGGAGAACUAGGGAGAGGAGUUCGGGGUCGGGGCGCGGAAAGGCGGGAGGCGCCCGGCCGCCUUUGGAGCCUUGCGCGGGGCACGAUGGGACGCCCCCGGGAAGAGGCGGAGCUGGGUUCGACCGCUGUGGCUGCGGUUGGAUAAUGUGCUGGAGCUGGCUAGUACCAGCUCGGGAGCCAAAUAUGUACAUCUCUUCCCAAAUCUACAUUAGAAACAUCAUAUUACAAGCUCAAAGUUGGUCAUGGUGGGAGUAUUUACACCACAGAAAGCAGUAAGUACCACAAAUCUGGGCUUCCUUCCUUCUUUUUCUUUCUUCUUUUUUCCCUUCUUUUCUUUUGUUUUCUUUUCCUUCCUUCCCUCCCUUCCUCCCUCCUUCCUUCCUUUCAUUCUUUCUUUGUUUCUCCUUUCCUUCUGUUUCCCUUUCCCUUUCCUUUCUUUGUUGAGAACCAAUUUAGCAGCACCAUGACUUACACUCCUUUGCAGUCAACCCCCUCCAUCCUACAGUCACAGUCUACUUUUGGAUAUUAUUUUAUUUUGUAUUCUCCAGAAUAUUAUAUAAGUAAAAUCAUACUGUAUGUACUCUUUGGUGCUUCUUUUGCUCAGUUUAUUUUUGCAAUUCAUCACAUUGUUGCACAUAUUAGUAGUUCAUUCCUUUUCAUCAUUUUCCAUUGCAUGGGUGUACCAGACAUUUCUUCAUUCAUCUGGUGAUGGACAUUUGGGUUAUUUCCAUUUGGGGACUAUUAGAAAUAAACUUGUCAUGAACAUUUAUGUGCCAGUCA